AGGGUAGUGAGUUCAGUUUAAGCCUAACACUCAGUAACAUUACAUAUUGUAUUUGGAUAACCAUUUUAAGUUAGAAAAUUAAGCACAAAAUGGACUUUGUUCCUUUGUGUUUUUUUGUAAAUAUUUUUAUCCUAUUCAAGUUUAGCAUUACUAUACCAAUGGACUUAUGUUUUUACAAACUGAACACGUCAGACUGCGAGCUGCCUCCAACUCCUGUCUUCACGUACUACAAGCCUGGUUCUCGCUGUGAGAUAGAGCUCUGGCGCGGUUGUCCCACUUAUAACAAGUUUGACAACGAAUUCGAGUGUUCCCACGCAUGCAUUGGCAGGUUGAACCCUAGCUUCAGUGCUGAAAAUAACGAUAUCGAAGAUAAAGUAAAUGAUGAACAAUGUAAGGUGCCUAUCAAUCUGGAUGACUGCGGCAUGGCAGAAGAAGAAGUUUACACUUUCAACAAUGAUGUUGGCAACUGCUUAGCGGUUAUGUGGAGAGGAUGCGAGACGGAGAACAAGUACGAUGAUAAAGAUUUAUGUAAAGAAGCGUGUAAACACUUGAUAAAAGACGACGAACAAGAGUCGACAGAAAAUGAAACAGAAAAAGAUAAAUCUGGAGACGAAACCAAAACUGGAGAUGGAGGUGAUGAUAAAAAGAGUAGUGAAAAAGAGGCCACUGAAGCAGAAGGUACAGACAAAAAGAGUGAGGAGGAUGAGAAAAAAGACGAGGAAGCCGAUGAGCAUAAAGAUGAUGAAGAUGAAGGUCCUACUGACGAAACUGCGAGCGUGAGGAGAUCCAGAGGUAAUCAAACGUUAAGCCAAAGUUAAAUACAACCAAUGUUUAGACUUAAUUUUAAAUGUAUGGUGGGGCUCUAGUUUCGAAUAUCUUAUUAAUGAUAAUGUUAGUUGUUUCGUUAGUAUUACAGAUAAUCUGUUUACGCACGAAACACUAUUUAUUAUCUUCUCCAAUACUUGUUAUUUAUGAAUAAUAUAAUUUUAUACUGUUCACUAUUAUUUUUUGUACCAUGUUAAUACCUACUGUAGUAUUUUAUGGAGUUAUCCAUUACAUGAGUCAUACAUAAAAGUAAUGAAAACACAAAGCUUUUUUACAAAAGAAUUGUCGCUCUAUUAAUAAAUAAUUGAACCCAAUC